AUGAUGUCGUCGGAAACAGGCGAGACCGGCAAGGCCGGCGUUAUUGUCGCCCCUGAUACUGCACAUCCCGUGGAGAAGCUUUCUCAUGCGGUCCUUGACGACCUACUUUACAACAUCGUCCAUGAUCUCUUAGUCAAGGUACACCGAGACGAAAAGACUGCACGUGCGAACACCGCGGCAAUCAAGGUGGAGAAGCUGGCGAUGAACGCCAUAGACGGCGCAACAACCGACCCGAAGCCGGACGUCGAGAUCGAGACAGAUGCGGCGAUUUACAAGGACGGGAAGGUAAUGCUGAAGGGAAAUCCGCUGAAGACCACUAAGGAAAUACUGUGUCCGCGAUGCCACCUUCCACGGUUGCUGCAUCCAACCGAUGGCAAAGGGGCGAGGAAGCCGGACCCGGGUGUUAUCUACUGCAAGAGGCACCCGUACAUCGAGAAGCCAGGCUACGAUAUUUACGGCCAGACGUGGGUGGCUCCUGGGCCCGGGCGAGGCAAAAAGAAAAAGGACCAAAAACUCGACCCCAACGAUCCGAGCUCCCCGGCGCCGGUCGAAGGGAGCGCCAAAGACCGACCGCCGAAUGUUCUCAGCUUCCCCAGUGCGACGUGUUCCAAGUGCAAGCGGUGCAUCCUGGUGACGCGCUUGAACAACCAUAUGGGUUCGUGUAUCGGCAACAGCGGGCGCAACGCCAGUAGAGCGGCGGCGCAAAAGAUCAGCAACGGGAGCAAUGCGGGGAGCCAGAACGAUAAUACCCCGCCCGGCAGCCAGAAGGGCACACCGCUGCCGGGAAGCCGUGCUGCCAGCCCACGGAAACGUGACGUCGACGAGUUCGACGAGGAUGCCGACGAGUCGGACCCGUCCAACCCGAAAAAGAAGAAGCUGAAGCCCAAUCCGCUGAACAAGAAAGUUAUCCUGAAGGCCAAGGGUACCGCCAUCCCGUUGGCCAACAAAAAAGACAAGCUCAAGGGCAGUUCAAUGCUCAACGUGGAGCACAAAGUGGACGACAACCCAGCGAAGGACUCCAUGGUGCAAGUGUUGCCUAAGAAGCAGACGAGCACUCUCAAGGGACUCUCGCCGGCCAAGAAGAUCAAGCUGGGACCGGCGAAGCCCCCACUACCCUCACCAGCCGGCAAGAAGGGCAAGCGGGACCGUGACAUGGAGAGCGAAUCCUCUGGCACAAUGUCCUCCCCGCCUCGAUGA